GACCCAACCGAUAACCGAAAGCGCAGGCCUACACUGGAUCUACUUUUCUUUCGGCCCACAUAUUUAUUUCCAAGUUAUUUCACUUGCUCAAACAAUUUUGUCUGUUUUACAGUCACCUAGUAUCAAUAUCUUAGAGACGGCGAGAAACACGUGUCAUAGAACGCAACUGUGGCAUCUGCGAGCGUUAGCCACGUGGACAUUACAACCUUCAACCAACGUUGAGAUAGAAAGCAAAAAAAAGAAAAAACAGAAACAAAAUGAUAAUGUUGUCUGAUCUAUAUCAGAAAAUAUGUAUAAAAUUUUGGAAGAAUGGGAGUAACGGAGACAAGUACGUACAGAGAUCUACAUUUACCGUCUUUGAUCAUCGGAGGAUCAUUCGCCGCCGUUGCCAUUUGUCUCUCCCUUUUCUCUAUCCUCCAACAUCUCCGUUUCUACACCAAUCCUGCUGAACAAAAAUGGAUUGUUUCUGUUUUAUUUAUGGUGCCAGUUUAUGCAACCGAAUCGAUCAUUUCCUUGUCCAAUUCGAAAUUCUCGCUACCCUGUGACAUUUUGAGAAACUGCUAUGAGGCUUUUGCUUUGUAUUCCUUUGGAAGCUACUUGGUGGCGUGUCUAGGUGGUGAAAGAAGAGUUGUUGAAUACCUCGAACAUGAAUCAAAGAAACCAUUGUUAGAAGAAGGAGCAAAUGAGAGCAAAAAGAAGAAGAAGAAGAGUUCAUUUUGGAAAUUCUUGUGUGAUCCAUAUGUCUUGGGACGAGAGCUCUUUGUGAUCGAGAAGUUUGGUCUCGUCCAGUAUAUGAUCCUUAAAACCUUUUGUGCCUUCUUGACAUUUCUGUUGGAGCUUCUUGGUGUCUAUGGAGAUGGUGAAUUCAAAUGGUAUUACGGAUACCCAUACAUAGUGGUGGUGCUAAACUUCAGCCAGAUGUGGGCUCUGUUUUGCUUGGUUCAGUUCUAUAACGUGACUCAUGAACGCCUUAAAGAAAUAAAGCCGUUGGCUAAGUUCAUUAGCUUUAAGGCUAUCGUGUUUGCCACUUGGUGGCAAGGCUUCGGAAUCGCGUUGCUUUGUUAUUACGGUAUACUUCCAAAAGAAGGAAGAUUCCAGAACGGGUUGCAAGAUUUUCUCAUUUGCAUUGAGAUGGCGAUUGCAGCGGUGGCUCAUCUUUUUGUUUUUCCAGCUGAACCUUACCACUAUAUUCCGAUAUCAGUGUGUGGUAAAAUCACAGCCGAAACAAGCAAGACGGAAGUGAAACUAGAAGAAGGUGGUCUUGUUGAGACAACGGAGACUCAGGUUGAAGCAUCUGGCACAAGCAUUAAGGAGAGUGUACAAGACAUAGUUAUUGAUGGUGGCCAACACGUCGUGAAAGAUGUGGUUCUUACUAUAAACCAAGCAAUGGGACCGGUGGAGAAGGGUGUGACGAAGAUCCAGGAUACGAUUCAUCAAAAGCUUUUGGAUUCGAAUGGUAAAGAAGAAACAGAAGUGACUGAAGAAGUGACCGUUGAGACUUCGGUGCCGCCAAAAGAGUGAUUUUUGAGAUUUGCUCUUUGUUGUACUUUUGUUUCAUAGUUCUCUUUUAACGAUUUGUAUCUUUUAUCAAAGAUAGUACUUCCAUUGAUUUAUUUU